GUUGGAGGGUAUCGAUCUUUUUCCUAUCUAAAAUAGCCAUAAAGUUCAUCUACACGUAUGGUUUAGUUUGCCCUGUACAACAACUAUUCAUCCCUUCCAAAUUUAUUAGUACCAUUUCUGAAAAAACUGAUCAGCCCCCUGCUCUCUCUCUCUCUCUCUCUCUCUCUCUCUCUCUCUCUCUCUCUCUCUCUGAAAUGAAGGAUAACAGCAAUAUUUCUGAUGAUACCCACGAUGAAGAAGAUGCAAUAUCUCUCAGUGAUUUUCCAAUCACAGCGAAUAACAAUCAAACAAACUGCAAUGAUCAGAACUCCACCACGUAUCAUGAUCACGAUGAUCAUCAAUCAAGCGACUUCUUCGAGUUCUUCAACUACAACCUCAACAAAGAUAUCUCUCACGCCGAUGACAUCAUUCUAUGUGGUAAGCUCAUUCCCUUCCAUAAACAACAAGAACAUCAAACGUCAAUCAAACACCGACGGUCCGAAAGUCAUAGAAUGACUUUUAGAGACGACGGUGAACAGAGAAACUUCCACCACCACCGGCGAUGGGAAUCGUUGUCCGAGUUAACAUCGUCAUCUCACUGGAACAGUCCAAAAACCGCCGGACCAGUUCACAACAGUUGCUCUGUAGAUUACCAAAAGUUACGUCAAAAUUCAUCCGUUAAGUCCAUCGGGAGGGCUGAUAAUUCGAAAUUGUUGAAACCUCGUUGGUAUGUCCUGAUGUUUGGCAGUUUCAGGUUCCGGCCGGAGAUGGAACUGAGAGAUAUUAAGAAUAGGCAGGUUCGCAGGGCUCCGGCAGCGACUAUGUUUCAGCCACUUGACAGCGGGGGAAAGAAGCCGGUUAGCCGGACAAACGGCCGGAAGAGCACAUGGUGUCUGCUUAAGGCAUUGGUCUGCAAAGGGAAUGUUACUGAUGAUGUAACGGCGUCAGUCGGUUGCAUGCCAAAAGCAUGACAGACGGCAUCGCACAUGAAGAUUAAUCAUCAAUCCGGUUUCUUCAGCAGCCGUCCAAAAAUAUUUUCAAUGGUUUUAGAUUUGUUGACAAAUUCUUACGUGUAGGAAUCUUUCACAGACCUUGGCCAUUAAUUAUGGAAAUAAACAGUCGAGAUGGGAUCGCAUAUCCUGCCAUCCAAAUCCAGAUUUUAGAGAAGCCAGGUCCAUAAAGUAUGUGUGCAUUUCCAGAAUUACCCAAUAUAGUACUGUUCAGUUCACUUGGUGUGUGGGCUAAGGGUAGUUUAAUUGCUCUGAACAAAAACUGGGAAAUGUUCUUCUUCUUCUUCUUUUCUUUUUUUUUUGUGGUUUUUUUAUUUACCAAGAAAUGUGUUUGAAGAAAGGUAGGUAUGAUGAAAGGUUUUACGUAUAAGGGAAGAUGGUGUAGAAAGCAAUACACGGUGAAUGAUGGUGUGUCUCUAUCUAUCAUAUGAUAUGAGAUGAGAGAGAAAAGGAUUUGUCCCCAUGGGGAGGGCAAUGAAUGAAGACCACAAGGGUCCCAGAAACAGACACGAGAUCCAUAAAUAUGUGUGCUUUUUUAACAUUUUGAAUGGAAGACAAGUUUCGGAUUUUUCUAUUUAUUUGUGUUCACUGAGUGUUGGUGGUGAUGAUUUAUAGUAUGUAACAAUUA